AUGCCGCUAAUCAGUACGAAGCUACAUGUUCUAAACCCUAUCUGGAGAAAAAAGAAACCUCGUGACAGUGAACAACCUGAGGAGCCAGAGUCGAAACCAGCAUUUAUCGUCCCAGAAACACAAGAAAUUUGUACAUCUGCUGAGGAACUGCAGCGUAAAACUACUAUAUAUAAUGAAAAUAUAUGGACUUGUCGUGUAACUGGGAAACCUAAUUUGACUUAUCGGGAAGCACUGAAAACUGAGGCGACUGCUAUCCGAACACUAAGAAAGUGUUUCCCUAAGUUUUUUGAGAAAACUAUUUUAGAACGCGUCCAUUUAAGUACUCUACCUCUGGAAUCCCUAGUACACAGCUGUUGGACCACCAUACAUGAGCAAUUUCAUAUUGCUGAACCUGUAAAACUCAAAGUUGACUCUGUUUCCAGCACACCAAUACGUGGGAUAAUUGAUGAUAUUAUAAAAUCACAAACGGUACCGACUCCUGUUCCAGAUAACACUUCUCCAAAUAACAGUGACAAAGAAAAUGUGACUAAGAAGAAUUCUCCCAUUAAGAAAAACUACGCUUACAGUGUUAAAGUUCUUUCGGAUAUUCCUGUUGUUGUUCACGAUGUGCCAGCUUGUUCCAUUGACCGCAUCAACAGAGCACCUUCCAAAGACCAUAUCAAAAUGUUUAUUCGAAGUCAUGCUAUGCGUUAUGGACCAAAUUUUACUGGUCCAUGGAUUGUAAACGAAGAACUUUUACGACGUCAUAAAAUACCUUUGAAGAGCCCUGGGUGUCAAGUGGAUAAAGCUAAGUUAAAACAAAUGUCCAGGGCUUUGGAGGAAGAAUACUUUGUACGUGUUAUGAAUUCAAGACGUCAAUCCAACGGAGAGGGUACAUCAGAUGAUGUUACCUCUAGCACACCACUUAAUUUUAAACGUAUCAAACGCUUUUCUGUACUACGUGAGGACAACACUUCCAAGCUACUUGAAGAAAACGAAGAUAAUUUACCAUUAUCUCAGUUAAAAGAUCGUGCUCAACCUAAAAGUUCGUUGGAGGAUAGUAAGAAGAAAAUGAAACAGUCUACUUUAUUUCAAUUUGGUAAGAAAACUACAAAAGAUGAAACAUCAAAUAAAUCAAUAAUCAAUCGUCCUAAGAAGAAUACCAACGAAAGAAAUACAUUACCCCGAGUUGCUCAACAUCUCAUUAAAAUGUUUGAAGAAAAUCGUAAUAAUCCAGCUAUAGAAACACAGAUAAGACUUUGUGCAAAAUUCAUAAGUGAUAUUGAUAUACUUAAGUUGCCCGUUGAAUUACGUGAUCCUGUACGAUCGAAGAAAGAAGCAUUUGCAUUUAGAAAAAAGUUAUUGGCUAUGUCACCAACUCAACGAAAGGAAGCACUACAAGAAAUGAAAGAGAAACGGAAGAUCGAACGUAUUCACGCUAAUAAACUGCUGGAUGACCAACAGCUCAUGAAUUCUUUGCCUCAGUGUCCCCGUUUACCUGAACCCUCCAAACUUGAACUCCCUCCCAGCUUUAACGAAUCUCUAUUUGGACGCCUGUUAGGACUAACGGAAUUUUUCCAUAUCUUCCACAGCUUACUUGUUGAAGGAUCUGUUGAUGAUACUGAGAUUGAGAAUCCAUCCGAAAAUAAUGUUCUGUCCGGUUUUUGCCGCUGUCCUGUCGAUUCCGCUGUAGCUGGGGCUGGUGAACCUGGUUAUUCUGACGAUGAUGACGAUGGAAAUACUGAUGACGAAGAAGAAGAAGCUGGUUUAACUGAAUCAAACGCUCCACUGCCGAAAAUAUGUAUAAAGGCAUUGCGUCGUUUAGGAUUGAAGCGCUUACUUAAUGCUGUCACUACAAACAAUCCAUCAGCUGGUGCCUACCGUUCACUAGCACGUCCGUUAAGCGUCCUGUUACGCUUAGUAUUAAGGGAUGAACAAAUAGGUAAAAAACGUGAAUUGGGUUUAAAACUGGCUAAAUUCCCAGUCACACCAUAUACAGCUCCUGAACUCCUUCGGCUAACUCUUUUACACGAAGUACCAUCAAAUUCUAAUCGAACAACUGUACUGGAACAGUUACAAAACCAUGCUACUUCAGCCACUGAUUCUAAUAACUCUUCUGUGACACAACUUAUAGAUCAUUUAUCCAACUCUGAUCUACAUGAACUAUUUCCAGAAAUACGUGUCAUAGCGUUGGAGUCGGCGGUGGAUAAAAUUUUCGAUCUUGAUUUGAUAGACGAUCAUAUUAUGGCAUGUCAACGUCGUGCAGCUGAUGCAUGGCAAAAGAAAAUUCAAGUAUUACGCGAUAAGAAUUUACGAAAAAAAGAUAAGAAAGAUAAUGCGAAUGAGGCUAGCAAAGCCACUCAUAAUAAUACUAGUAAUAAUACAUCAUCUACCAAUCAGCCUGAUGAAUCAAAGUCUAAGACAGACACUCCUACCACUACUGUUGAGGAUAUCUCCGAAUCUGAAAAUGACUUGGCAUCAAUUGUAAAACGUAGACGGAUUUUGGCAGCACGAGCAGCAAUAGAAAAAGAAGAAAAAGAGAAUCAAGAACGUCAACGGCGUCUGGAAAUGGCUCAAGAACAUGCUGAAGAACGUGCAAUCAAUACAGUUAGUCGACUAUAUGACAUUCGGUCUACAGAAGCAAAAUGUGUUCUACGAAGUAAUCCUAUCGGUUAUGAUAGAUAUUAUCGCCGUAUUUGGUAUUUCCGUUGCUCUCCAGAUCGUUUGUUUUUAGAAGCUAAUUGGGCCUCAAGUAUCAUGUAUCCGACCGAUUUAGUGAAAAAAAACGAAUCUGUCCCAUUUACUUCUGUGGAUGAUGAAACAAUACCACAGCCUGCUCAUACUUCUGUAAAAAAUGAUACAUUGAACAGUAGAACAAUUUCAAGUUCUUGGAGUAACUGGUAUUUUUAUGAUCGUCCUGAGCAGUUAGACGAAUUAUUAAAUUCAUUGCUACCUAGUGGCAUACGAGAAAGUCACUUAAAAAGUCAAUUAUUGGCGGAUGGAUUUCUGGAAUCACUUAGAAAAAGAUGGAAAAAUAGUCUUUCAAAUGAGUUGGUAAUCAAAGCUGAUUCAACCAAUGAUAAUCCUGUAAAUGUAGACAAACCUCCAUCUCAUCAUAAACGUAAUCUUCAUGCUGGAGCCGCUUUGGCAGGAGCAUUAUUGAAAAAUAUUUUAGACACCGAAGUGCGUUUAAGAUCCGGUGGUCUUGGUGGUGUACCAGACUUUACAAAAUGGCAGGAGCGUUUAGCACAAGUUCAAACAUCCUAUGGAUUUCAACAAGAAACCUCCAAUGUAAAUUUGUCUUCAAAAUCAAACACGUCUUUAUCCAGUUCAUGUGAAUCACCAAACAAAGCAGGGCUUGUCACUGCCCUUAUUGAAGUAGCUGAAAAUAUAAUUCCUCGAUUUUUAAACGUUCCUGAUCUCUGUACUAAGUCACAGUCAAAUUCUAACCAAAAUGGAACAAAUGAUUGUAAUGAUGUAAAAAAUUCUUUCCCAAAUCAUACACCAUGUACUAGAUUUUCGUCUGGAGAAGACUCAGAUGCAUCUGAAAGUAAUGAUCGUUCACAGGAUCUGGAAAAAGCUGUAUUAGACCCUGAAGCUCAUGAAUUACGAACUCGUGCUUGGAUGACAGCAUGGCGUACUGAAGUUCAAAAUGCUCGUACACUGACUCGGUUGAACCUUUUACAUGCAUGUCUGGAUGCAUGUGUUCGCUGGGAAAAGUCAGUGGAGGAUGCACGCUGUCGUGUAUGUCGUCGCAAAACAGAUGAUGAUAAUUUACUACUUUGUGAUGGCUGCAAUCUCGCUUUCCACCUUUACUGUUUGCGUCCACCAUUAAAACGUGUACCAACAGGCGAUUGGUUUUGCCCGACGUGCAGGCCAGCUUCUCGUGCCCUUGAAAAGCGUAAGCGUGAGGAACGUUUAGCUCGAUCUGCAAGACGACGAAAACACGCCUUAUCCUCUGAUGAUGAGGAACAGUCAAACUCCGAUAAUAAUGAGGAAAGUAGUGGUGGAAGUGAAGCUGCUCCAAAAACAAAACGUCGAAAUCCUCGUUCAUUUCGAUCGAAAGGUGGCAAUGACUCUGGCGCGUUCAAUAUUAAACGUUCACAUAGUCCAGCCAGUCGUAAUCCAGUUUCAUCUAGGAAUAUUAGACAUGAUACAUCCUGUCUUGUCUGUUCAGAUUCAGUUGGUGAUUUGGUUCUAUGUUCCAACUGUCCCAGUGUAUUCCAUUUAGAUUGUCAUGAUCCGCCAUUGCACCAUGUUCCACGUGGAGAUGGUUGGCAGUGUUCCAUUUGUCGAGCGAAUAAAAAACGUUCCACCAUUACCUCUUAUUUUCAAAGCAGAGAUUAUCGUCGAAAAACUUAUCAAGCUAUUUUUAAGAAACGAGGUGUUAGUCCAGAUGAACACAGUGAAGAUGAGUUCCUAAACAGUACUUCUUUUGCUCGUUCAGCACGACGCCGCAAUGGAUCUCGAAGGAAUGUCGUAACGUCUGACACAGAUGUUGAACAACAAUCAAGUGAAGCAUCUUCAGAUGUAGAUGCCCGUUCUAUUAAUCAACAUCCAAUUUCCCGUCGACGUAGUGCUUCACGGUCAGCAUCCGCUCUUAGUUCGCAACUAAAUAAACAUCCAAAACGUAGACGACACUCGUCUGAUCAAGAAGAUACUUCGGAAACGGAACAAAUGGACGUAAAAUCCCAAUCUUUAUGUUCACACAUUAUUGAUGCUGUGUACAAACACAAACAUUCGUGGCCAUUUAGAAAAGCCGUUGACAGAAACCAGGUUCCAGAUUAUUAUGAAAUUAUCACCGAUCCUAUCGAUUUGUCUAUGAUUCGUGAAUGGCUAUCUAAAGGACGGUAUAACACAGACACCACUAACGCAGGACUAAAGAAACUAGUGCAUGAUUUAGGCACUAUGUUUUAUAACGCAGAGUUAUAUAAUGCUGCUGAUUCAGACGUUUGGUUAGCUGGAGAGCAGUUAGAAAACUUCGUGAAGAAUCAGUUUGCUCACAUAAACACAGAUGUUAUCUAUUCUAGACCAGCGCUUGGUGAUGCAUAA